AUGCCGGAAUCACCCGGCGGCGGAGACGCCGGCGCUCUACCUCAGACGACGGAAAAGCCCCAAUCCGAUCAAAACGCCGCCGAAAAAACCGACGCGGGUCCUCUGGUGCUCUCGAAGAACGCGCAGAAGAAGCUGGCGAAACAGCAAAGGUUCGAGGCGAAGAAGGCGGAAAAGAAAGCCGCGGCCAAGGAGCAGAAGCGAAAAGACGUAGAGAGAAAGCGGAAGGAGUGGGAAGAGAGCCUCGCUGGCGUAUCCGAAGAGGAGAGAGCGAAGCUGUUGGAGUCUCGAAGAUGCCUCCGCAAAGAGAGAAUGGAGAAGAGGUCGCUGGAGAAAGAGAGUAAGCGAGAGAGACUCACUGUAGCGAGAGAACAAGGCCAAAACGUCGUCGUCGAUCUCCAGUUCUCUCACCUUAUGAACCCUAACGAAAUCCACAGCCUCGUUCAGCAGAUUAUGUAUUGUUAUGCUGUGAAUGGAAGGUGCGCUUCCCCUGCGCAUCUUUGGCUCACUGGCUGCGACGGAGAAAUGGACAGUGCAUUGAAGCGGAUUCCGGGGUUUGAUAAAUGGAUAAUUGAGAAGGAGAAUAGGUCUUACAUUGAAGCCUUGUGUGACCAAAAGGAGGAUUUGGUUUAUCUCACUGCGGAUUCAGAGACUGUUCUUGAAGAACUUGAUUUGAAGAAGAUUUAUGUUAUUGGCGGGUUGGUGGAUAGGAACCGGUGGAAGGGUAUAACGUUGAAGAAAGCACAAGAGCAAGGAAUCCAAACGGCUAAACUCCCCAUAGGAAAUUUCAUGAAGAUGUCUAGCUCUCAGGUUCUUACUGUGAAUCAAGUGGUAGAAAUAUUACUCAAGUUCUUGGAGACAAGGGAUUGGAAAACAUCUUUCUUUGCCGUUAUCCCUCAACGGAAAAGAUGUCAAUCCGAUUCAGAGGGAAAUGCAGAAGAUACAGUAGAGGGAGAACAUGAACAAAACGAUGAUCUAACGGCAAGUAAAAAGAAAUGUGUUGAGGAGGUCCCUUCUAACAGUUAG